AUGAACAUGUUGCCUGAUUUCGAUGACAUGGACAUGGAAGAUGAAGAUGAAGAUGAAGAUGAAGAUGAUGAUGUCGUUGAGAUCAAUGUCAAUCAACACCGUAAAUUGACAAGUAGGAGCCAAGUAAAUUAUGAGAGUUUUGGACCAAUGAUUGAAGCCAUUGGCCAAUAUGGUCCUGUUAAUUGUCCAAGAGGAACCAUGUUUGUUGAGUCGGUUGAUGCUUCUAGCUAUUCAAAGGAUGGGCAAAAGCUAUUUGAAUUACUAGACAAGUUUGUGGAGAAAGUUGGAAAAAAGAAUGUGGUGCAAGUUAUCACUAAUAGUGCUGCAGCUAAUGUGUUAGCGGGGAGGUUUUUGGAAGCUAAGUAUGAACACUUGUAUUGGACACCAUGUGCUGCUCAUUGUUUGGACUUGAUGCUAGAAAACAUUUUCAAGAUACCUAGACUGAAAAAGACAUGUGAAAGGGAUAUUGCAGUACAUGGCUACAUUUACAAUCGGCCUACGUUGCUAAAUAUGAUGAGGCGCUAUACAAAUUUGAAGAAUUUGAUCAAGCCUGCAAAAACUAGAUUUGCAACCGCCUUUUUGACUUUGUCUAGGAUGCAUCAACAAAAAAAUAAUUUGAGAAAGAUGGUCAUCUCCGAAGACUGGACCUCAAGCAAAUGGGAAAAGGAGCUACAAGGUUAA